AUGGAAACAGUGGAGAUGAAUGACUUCUCCAACGACCGACCGGAAGGUAGUGGUGAAGCCGAAGGAGGUGAGGACGAAACGGUAAUUGACGAAGACGAUUUCCUCGAUCACCUCGACCAAACUGUUGACGGACUAAAUGAAGCAAAAGCCUCUAGUUUCUGUGAAGAGAACAAAGACGACACGUAUAGGAGUAACGAGCAGACGAAUAGGCUGUACUUAACCGGAAAUUUUAAUGACAUAAAGGGAGAGUUUGCCAGAAGAUUGUUAAGAAGUGAAUACCGAAUAGAUCCGACCGAUGGACAAAAUUCUAGGGAAUUUAUCUCUCGUUUGGACACAACCAUACCUAAGCUGACAUUCGACGGAACCGUUAUCGGGUACAUUGAUACGAGUGGUGCGUACAGAAUGUCCGGAAAUAAAAAAUCUGCCGGGUCCAUGGCAGCAUUCAAAAAGCAAUACGAAAAAGCACUAAUCGAACACAAGGAAAAAGUCUGCAGCGUUGUGGAAGAGGAGACCGGAGGAGACGUGCUAGAGGAGAACGCGGAGGAAAUCUACAAAGACGCCGAGGGGGAAUUUCACCAGAACGCUGUCAACGCAAGCGAUAACCUUGCGGAACAAGCGGAAAGAUUGGAAAGUGAAGGAAAAAUAACCGGACAGGAAAGAAGGGAAUUUGCAGGAAUAACUGCUCCUAAAGGACCGCCGAAGGGAAGAAUCAGACACAUGGACAUUAUGAUGAAGGAAUGGAAAAGUAACCUCGAAAAAGAAACCGACGACGAUAGACGACAGAUCACACAGAGGGCAGUGAACGUUGCCGAACAGGCCAUCGAUGAUGCAAGGCUGGAAAUGGGACAGGUACCUAAGUCGGAAGAGGGAAAAUACAGGUACAGGGAAAUAGUAAGGGACAACAUCCGAACAAAAUUUGAGAGAUUCCGCGUGUGGGCAAAAGGAAACAUGGGGGCGUUAGCCGCCAUUGCCAUCUUCAUUGCCGGAAUUAUUACGACUGUGGUGGUGGCCGGAAAGAAGACUAUCACGGGAGCAGCUAAUGGACUUGGAGCUGCAGGAAAAGCGUUGGCAAAGUUUGCAAAAGCUGCACUGCCAAUCCUGGUACCUAUUUUAAAUAUGUUAAGUACGAUCCUAAGUUGGGGAGCCAAGGGUCUUGCCUUCCUCGCCCAGAAUUUGUGGAUUGUGGCGAUCGUGAUUGCAGGAGCUAUAUUCAGGUAUUUGCAAAACAGACGUAAAAAAUAA